CGUGAACACCGAGGAGUUCUUUUUGGUUACCUAGCAACAAGGACGGGAAGGUAGCACCGUUGUUUGGUAAACGUGAAUCUGGCUCAAUAAAACAUUACGGUGUGAUUAAAAAAAGAGUAAAAAACAACCGUAUUUGUCCGUCGUCUGGUUGCAUAAGCGGAACAGCGCUAAGCUACAUUAGCUCGCUGCUAAUUAGCUCGUUCCUAAAAUGUCUUUUCUCGAGUCCCCUCGUCCUUCUGACGAAGAGGAGGCUUUCUACGUGCAGUGUCGAGCCGCAUACCUCGCCGUGUUCAAGUCGAGUUUGACCAAUAUUUCUUCGAAACAGCAGCUGUGUCACGCUCUUCAGCAGGCGGGGAGAAAUCCAGCCCAUGCGACUCUCAAUAAAUACUGGACGCCGAGAACAUCCAAACUGAACUUUGACGACUUCUGCGAGAUUCUUAAAAAUGAGAAGAAAACGGAGGAAAGUGAGCUAAUGAGAGCCUUCAAAAAGAUGGAUUUGAACAGCGACGGCUUCGUGUCGCACGGAGAACUGGAGAAGGCCCUUACCACCAGAGGAGAGAAAAUGACGACUGAAGAGGUGAAUGCAAUUUUCUCAUUGGCUGACGUCAACAAAGAUGGAAAACUGGACUAUGCAGAAUUCUGCAGAUUGCUGGCGUCCACAGCGGAGCGGUGCCAGGCGGCUGCGCUGGACAGGCUGGAGGCAAACGCCAAGCUGAAGAGACAGAACUUUGGCAGUCAGUCAUACAGCCCUCCAAAGAGCUCGGCGUCAUCAUCAGCGGCAGCAGCAGCGUCGUCAUCAUCGGCAUCUUCAUCAUCGGCGGCAGCAGCAGCAUCGUCAUCAUCGGCAUCUUCAUCAUCGGCGGCAGCAGCGACUCUCCCUCAACCUCCAGAAACGCUCCGGGCAGAAUCAGACGCCACGCUCAAGAAAGACAGCAGAUCAUCCUCCCGUCCUUCUUCCGCUCGCAGCCGACGGUCGUCACUGUCGAACUCCAUCACGAUGACGCCCAGCAGCUCUAAGGCCGGCAAAAUACCAGAGCCUACGGACUUACAGGAGUGGCGCCACGGCCGCGUGAGGGGCUGCUUCUUCCUGGAGGACGGCGGCAGCAUCGUCUCGCUGCAGUACCAGCUCCACGUCGCCCGGACCACCGACGUCUACCUCACCAUCCAACCGCUCGGCCUCCGCCGCGGACCCGAGCGGCCGUCCUCGUGGCCGGCGGUGGACACGGCUCUGUUUGCGAUGGCGGCCGGUGAAACCAAAGAGGACUUCAGCUUGGCGGGCUUCACGGAGACGAAGGACAAAGACAAGUACAUUUGGAAAGGAGAACUGCAUGCUGGGACUUAUUACCUGCUUCCCUUCACCACUGGAUGCAAACUGAAGAAGAGGAGCAAAAAGAGCCCGUCCGGUAAACCCGUCGAGCUCGUCUCCAGGACCGGCUCCGGAGAACUGGACCUCACCAGGGAGCUCAGGGAGGCGCUGUCGGACAUCUUUGAGGUGAUCGACCUGGACGGCAACGGGCUGCUCAGCCUGGAGGAGUACAACUUCUUUGAGCUGAGGACCAGCGGAGAGAAAUGCGACAAAGACGCCUGGGCCGUGUGCAAAGAGAACUUUGACAUGAGGAAGAACCAGCUGACGCAGCAGGGCUUCAUGGAGCUCCACCUGAUGGAGGCCACGGAGAAAGACGGAGACCCCGCCGACCUGUGGGUCAUCCUGGAAGCCAUGGGCUUCAACCACAUGCUGGAGCUGGUGGACGCGUGUCCCUUCCAGAUAGACGUACACUGCGAAGACACUCAGCCGUCCAUCCUGCCGCUCGCUAUGGACCCCCGGCUCCAGAACCAGGCCCUGCAGAAGUCCAUCACAGCCAGGACGGGGGCCAAAGCUCUGAGAGGACAGGACAACGUCUUCCUCUACACGUACCGAGGAGAACACAGGGUCUCCUCCCUCAUAGCCAACAAGAGCAACCAGAAAGUUACGGUGCACGUGAACAACGAGCAGAGCAGGAACUGCUGCAGCAGCCGAGGCAUGAGCGUGUUCGCCGUCGAGGUGCCGGCCAGGACCAAGAUGGUGUGCCAACACGUUCUGCCCAUCAACGAGAGACAGGACUGGACCUACAGCUGUGCAGAGACCAUCCUGCCCAGCGCCUGAAGCCAGAGAGAGAGAGAGACGCCGGGUCCAUCGCACAAACAAAAGGUUCUAUAUCCACCGGCAAUUUAAAAAAGUGUUGUUGGAACCAAAUGUGAAACCGACCCGAUCCGUCCACCUUCAUCCGACCCCGUGGCUGCUGCUAGCCAAUCGGAAUGAUCGGAUUUUUUACUCUUGCUGUGAUCUAAAAAAUUAACUUUGUUGAAUGUGCUCCUGCUUGUUUUGACACUCUUGUAAAGGAUUUUUUUUUUUUUAUCUCAAUGAGGUUUUUCCUGGUUAAAUACAUUUAAAUAAAUAAAAAGAUGUAAGGAAGCGUUCAACCAGAUAAUUUGUAAUUCGACAUAUUGUGACCGGCUAAUAACCAAAUCAAUUCCUGGAUGUCCUUUUCAUUGCGUUGGAGUUCCCCUGCUCGCCGUCUGUGUUCCGCCUGCUCUCCACAGUCUCCAGCACCAGGCCGGGGGGGUUUGGGUUGGCAGGGAGACGCAUUGCGCUCAGGUCAACUCUUCAUCCGCCCUUGGCCUUUUCCAGUCGAGAGCAGCGAUGACCUCCUAUUUAUAACUCCCGGGCCAUUAUCUGCCCUUUGACUUUCUCUUCUGAAACCGGAGAGCCGGCUACGUAAAUGCCAUGUGGCACGUGAGACGUAUUUAAUGUCCUGAGCCCGAUGUCUGCUGCUCCUUCACUAAUAUUUGACCGCUCGGGGCAGUCUGAGUUCAGGGGUUGUGAUUUCACUUUCUUAAUUUCAUUCUGUUUGUUUCUCUAGAAUUCAUUAGAUUAAAAUAAUGCCAAUUAAUUCUUAUUUCAUCUACUUUUUAUUUUCUCCUUUUACCCAACUCGUGGUGUAAUUUUCCAUCAUGUUUACAGUAGUGUGCUCUGAGUGUUUUCUUGCAUUGUGAAAAAUAUUUAAACGUAUAAACUACUCCCCAACAUAGUGUCAAAUAACUCUUUGCAAUUGAUUAUUGUUUAUUUCAGUGUGGAAAUAUUGUACAUGAGAAAAAUUCUCUAUUAAAACUAGUGCUGUGAAAAAUAACGCAUUAACUCAGUUAAUUCAAUUACAGGUUUAACUAGUUUUUUUAUUUUUAACGCAUUUAACGCAUGCGCAGAAUGAGCUUCCAAUCCGUCUGUUGUUGGUCGUCGGGACGAAAAAAAAGUCACUUGCAAAAUGAGCUUCCAAUACACCACUUCAAUCUGAACUCUGUCCGCUCUCAUGCAGACGGUCUGUUCAUCGGUAAUGAUCCUUCCGCAGGUUCACCUACGGAAACCUUGUUACGACUUUUACUUCCUGUAGAUCAGGGUCUCAACACGUCGAUCGCGACCUGCCAGUCGAUCGCGGCGUAGUGUUGGUAGAUCGCAUGACAUUAAAAAGAUUGGCCCGCCCCCUGACAUGUUCUCUAUAGCACGUCUUUGUUCUUUUAUUAAACUAAACGUCUGUUGUUGAUCGUAUCUCCACAGCAGCAUGUCAUCUCUGUCUCUUCGCGUUGCGUUAACAAUUAUCGAUCUCCGUCCCGCGCGCCACAGAGCUCCGUGCGCGCGCAUCGGGACCGAGCAAAAAAAAGUCACUUGUCAAUCUGUCCACCUGUCCGGGCCGGUGAGGUUUCAGCUUUGCAGCGGUGUCCCCGCCGUCCCUUUCAUCACGGCCCAGUUCAUGAAGAAAACCCACACAGUCAGUUUGCCUCAGCAGCUGCUAAAGGAAGACUAGAGGCCUUUAGAUUGUAUCAUGGUGGAGUUAAUGGUUGACAAACAAGAGAAACAUGUUCUGUUUAACCCUCCUGUUACCUUUACAUUUACUAACAUAUUUUACCCUCGGGGUAAUUUGACCCCAGCAAUUAAAACCUCCAGAAAAUUAUUAGAAUUAAUAUUGCUUCCCAAGUUUAAGUGUGAGGUACUUUAUGUUUGUUUGUUGACUACCUAAAUAGCCCUUUAAAUAAAUAAAAAAGUUGAUAUUUCUUAUGUUUGACACAGUGAAAAACAGCCUGGGGUCAAAUUGACCCCAAAGAACACCGACAUUAAACAUUGAAUGGGGUCAAAUUGACCCGAAAGGUAACAGGAGGGUUAAACAUUCUGUUUAGGAUGAAGAUGUAUUAAUGUUCCAUAUGGAAGAAAACUGCUAAAUAACUGCUGAGUUGCAGCACCAUUGUAUAGAAGAAUGUAUAAAUGUAUAUAUCCGUCUUUUGUCAUAAAUCUCUAUGUUCUCACAAAAUAUACCGAGAAUAUCGGUAAUAUGUGAUUAAUCAUGAUUAAUCCACAAAAACCUGUGAUUAACCCGAUUAAAAUUUUAAUCGUUUCACAGCCCUAAUUAUAACAGAAAUCCAUUUAAUUUGAAACCUUCAAAAUAAAAGCACGGGAUAUUUUUCUUCAAUGUCUUUGAGAAAAGGUGAUUGUAUGUCUUUCAAGCCGUCAGGGGCCACAUGAAAUGGCGGUGUAGUUUUCCAUAAUGUUUAAUGUCGUGUGCUCUUGUAUGUUUUCUUGCAUUGUGAAAAUAUUUUGGGGGGAAAUAAAUAAAUAAAAAUGAUGCCAGUAAAUCAACAGUGACAGAAAUCAGCUCCAGGAAAUCAGUCACCUGGAAAUACAAUGUAGAUGUAGCUAGAGGUUUAUAAAACUGAGUCAGUGUUUUUUUCAAUUUUAUUUUUGUUGUUCUUUACCUUUUUUAGUUCUCCUUUCCCUUUGAAUUGUAUCCUUAAAAUUCUGUCUUGUUAAUUUGUAAAAAUCAAAAUAUAUAUAUUUAAAAAAAAAUUUUAACCUGAGAGUAAGUGUUUUUUCUAAUUAUUUUUUAGUUAUUCUUUGUUGUUCUUUACCUUUUUAUUGCUCCUUUCCCUUUGAAUUGUAUCCUUAAAGUUCUGUCUUGUUAAUUUGUAAAAAUCAAAAUAAAUAUAUAUUUAACAAAA